AAUCAACUUCGUAUUUGAUGGCGCCGACAGCGUCGGGCUCGGUGGCGAGCCGCAGUCGGGCGACUUGUAAUUUGUACUGGAUUUCUUCAGAGACAGGCCUGUAUGCCAUGGAACGAUUGUAUUCAAGAUGUAGGGGUUGAAAUCAAAUUUGCGCCUAGCAAGGCGUGCACAAGCAAGCACUCCCUUUGGCGCUUUGAAGCCAUGGUGAACGACUCGGAGAUGAUGAACUCGAGGGAAAAAAUAUGCGCUUCAAAUACUGCAGCUCGAGCAUCUGAUUUAGGAAGAAGAAGACAAUAUUUUCACACCAUUUAAACAAGCGGCCAGUCAUCGAGCCGACUCGGAACGUUCGCAGAGAUCUACAAACAUGGCGCAUACGUGGAUUAAGAGGAGUUUAGACAGGGUUCGACGAAAUCACGGUCAUCCGGCUCAAGCUGACUGCGUGGAGGCCGAUAGAAGAACAAGUAUAAAGCUGUCUAAAGUUGCUGCGUUUUGAUGUGGAGUUUAGACAUCCUCUUCCUUCCUUCGUCGACAUGCGCUCUAUACCACCAGGAAUCCCUGCCCUUCUUCGCGGCCUUGUUAACCUGGUGAUUCCUAUCGUAGUAAUAUUGGGAAUCGCUCGCAUUCUUUCGCGAUGGGGAUACGCAGUUCCUACUUCGGCCAUUAUUAUCAUUCAGUCAAUUGGCAUCAUUGUAUUUGCAGCAGGACAGGUGUGGUUCCGCCUUUGGCAUAUCGGAAAAAGAGUUGCACGCUCAGGAGGGGUGAUGCCACCUCGCUGGAAAGGACAACGCAUUGGAGAUGCCGAUCUUUUGCUAGAGUUUAUGGAGAUAUGGAAGAAUGGAUAUCUGGGUGAUGGCUUCACGGAUGUGAUGUCGAAGAUUGGCCAUACGAUCAGUCUUCGGAUUCUUUGGGACGACUCUGUUGUUACAACGGAUGCGAAUAUAAUCAAGAGCGUACUUGCGACUGAUUUCAACAACUUUGUGAAAGGGGAGCAGUUCCAAGCCUUCAUGUAUUCGGUUCUGGGCACAGGCGUGUUCAAUUCGGAUGGAGACAUGUGGAAAUUCCAUCGUUCUAUGACCAGACCGUUCUUUAGCAGGGACAGGAUCGGCCAUUUUGACCUCUUCGAUAGGCAUGCUGAGGUGACAAUCAAUAAGAUCAAGGAGCGUAUGAAGACGGGAGAAGCUAUCGACUUCCAGGAUCUCAUAUCGCGUUUCACUCUCGACUCUGCGACCGAGUUCCUCUUCGGUUCAUGCGUCCACAGCUUGGAAUCGGACUUGCCUUAUCCCUCCAGCUCGUCCUCUCCGUUCAAGUCGACCAAGAAGGAACUUUCCAGGCCCGAAGCAUUCGCCAAAGCGUUCCAAGAAUCGCAAGAAGUCAUCUCGUCAAGAGGCCGCACCGGAUGGGCAUGGCCAUUUUUUGAGAUCUUUUCGGACAAGUCUGCAAAGCCUAUGCGUAUUGUUGACGACUUCCUUGACCCGAUUCUGAAGGACGCCCUGGAGAAGGCGAAACGGGAUCAGGACGGCCGUCUUAUUAAGAAAGAUAACCCGGAUGAAGUUGACGAGGAUGAGACAUUGCUGGACCAUCUCGUUAGAUUCACCACUGAUCCGGUGGUACUCCAUGAUGAGAUCCUCAACAUCAUGAUUGCGGGACGUGACACAACCGCUGGAACCUUAACUUUCUUGGUCUAUCUCCUCAGUCAGUAUCCUCAAGCGCUCCUAAAGCUUCGUCAAGAAAUCUUGAGUGUCGUUGGGCCUACACGGCGGCCCACAUAUGAUGACAUCCGGGAGAUGAAGUUCCUCAGAGCUGUUAUCAAUGAGACCCUACGAUUGUUCCCCUCAGUUCCAUUUAACGUUCGGUAUCCCGUUCAAGAUGUCCUCUUGCCGAACACCUCCGACCCCAGUACACCCUUCUUCAUUCCCAAGAUGACACCAGUGGCAUACUCGGUUUGGAUGAUGCAUCGCAGGACCGAUUACUGGGGCCCUGACGCCGAAGAAUUCGACCCCGAUCGGUUCCUCGACGAACGUCUUCACAAGUACCUUACUCCAAAUCCCUUCAUUUUCCUUCCCUUCAACGCUGGACCCCGUAUCUGCCUUGGACAGCAGUUCGCUUACAAUGAAAUGUCGUUCUUCAUGGUCCGACUAUUGCAGAACUUCUCCAAUAUCACUUUCGACCCUUUGGCCCAAGACCCUUCAACUAGGCCUCCUGCAGCGUGGUCGAAGUUUCCGGGACGCAAAGGUAAGGAUAAGAUAUACCCCAAGGCUCACUUGACACUUUACGCCCAUGGCGGCUUGUGGCUCAAUAUAGAGGAGGCCGAAGCUUCUGAAUCGGUUUAAGGCUCAGAUAUAUAGAUGCACACUCUCCAAGAGAGUUCCUUGGGGUCUACGAACACUUUCUCCCCGUGUAUAAUAGCUGUACAUACAACGUUUACAGAAACCAGAUUGUACUAUAUUACGCUGCCUUACCGGAAUCCUCCUUCAAACUCA